AUGUCUCGAGAAAUUGGCGGCAGUAUUGACGCAUUAGCAAUCAUAAAGGAGGAACAAGCGUCGCCUGUGAAUAGUUCUAAUGUUAUCAACACAGACAAAACUGAAGAUGCACCACCACCGGAUAUAGAAAAUAUGUGUCCAUGUAAAGAUCGUUUAAGUGCAAAAGAAGAGGCGCGGCGCGCGGCAGUAAUAGAGAAAAUGCUUAAGCAAAGAGAAGAAACCCUCACAGCAGAGUUUCAUAUUCGAAUCGAAAAGGAAAUAAAGAUGAUGAAAGACAGAUUUGAUUAUAUUCUUCAAAAUGAACAAAUUCGUGCAUCGCACAUGAUGAGAGAAGCACACAGAGAGAGAAAGGAGAAGAUAGCCGCUUUACAGACUCAGUUGGAAUGUAAAAAUCUCGCUGGGCUUAUGUUUGUGAUGUGCUCUGAAAGAAGAAAGAGCAAGCUUCAAAUAUUACGGCUGGUCGAAGAUUACACGACUUACAUAAAAGGCCUACAGCACAUUCUAGCAGAAAGUCAAGCACUGAUACUGAAACUAUCUUGUGGUUAUAAAACUGCAGCUCGCGUGGACCAAGAGUGGAAAGAUAAGAUGGACAGAGUCAUUAAUGAGUUCCUAGGGUUCAUAUACCACUUUUCUGGCGGUACACCAGACACCAACCAAUACUUCAUCGACAUCCCAGCACUCAUGCAGACCAAAGCUCCCAUCGAAGACGACCCCACUGAGGAUCCUUGCGAUGUGGAUGAGGUGGGAGAAGAGAAGUAUCCAAUCCCCAAAGAAAAAAACUGGUGGGAACUGAUAGAAGGGGAUGAUCCCCCCUUCAUAGUAUUUGGAGAUAUGGCAGAGUUCAAGCCCCCAGAGCGUAGGGAAGUUCUGAAAACUGUGAAGGCUGCUAAAUCUGCUCCAAAGAAAUGGAAAGAAUAUGGCAAGUCAAAGAUAUUUGAGUAUAUACUGCCUGUAGUUCACUUAAAACGCGAUACAUUUUUCCACGAAAACAUCGUCAGUGCAAACUGUCCAAACCUCGAUAGUAUUAAGGACGAAUACUUGAAGUACCAACCGACUAAGAGUCGAUGGGAGUGUCAGAAUAUGCAGACGGAGAGGCCGUCUUCAAGAGGAUCUGAAACGAGUCAACGCCGAGUGACAACUGCUAGUGUGGAUCUUAGAGGAACGAUGGGCUCUAUAUUAAAAAUUAUGGAACCCUGUAAGCUGGAUGACGAAGAAUUUGCAGAUGAAUCUUUGUCAGCGCUCGGGAGCUUACACAACGACAGUAUGGACGUCAUACCAACCCACGUACCAGAUCAUGACCAUAAGAUUCAUUAUGAAAAGACUUGUCCGAUGGAGCAAUGUCAAAGGAUGAAAAUGGAUUCGUUCAUAAGAACUCUACCUCCGUACAUGCAAGCGAGUCCUUUUACUCACUAUGAACAAACGUAUGACGAGUAUGAGCUGUGUUCACCAGAACAACUCGAGAUUCUGAAACAAAGAAUAGAAGAUAAGAAACGAAAGGAGAAAGUUGACUUCCAUCUGCCAGACGAGAGUCCUUUAUCUGAAUGGCCCCAGAACGAAGACGGUGUCGCAGUGCAGACAUCUGAUAUGUCGCUGUCACUACCGCCAUGCACUUGUGGAGUGGAAAAAUUGUCAUCAGCGUCAAGUGUCGAGCGGGUAUUCAAAGUUGCGGACUUGAUACCGAUCAAAGAAAAACUAGACCAAAUCAAUGACGAAUGUUUCUAUCAAGACAAUAUAGAUUUCAAUAGAUUCGGAGUGGUUGGUCAAGAAAACGAAAUCAAACUGCCUGCAGAACAGGACUUUGCCAAGGAGAGAAUGCAGCACAUAACGAAAAUACUCAGACGCAAUCCAAGUUUAUGUGAAAUUUUCCAAGCCAACAUUCGCUGA